UUAGACUUAGAGAACCUGCUUUUAAAGUAAAAUGCUACAGUAAAAUGUUCAAAACAUCUCUAAAACAAACCUGAAGAGAAAGGCAGAUCAAAAAAUACAUUUCCCAGGUUGCAGUGCACACCCUAGUUGACAUGUCGAAGACGUCAAACUCGUGCUGCCUGGAACAACAACAAACCGUUGAAUUAGCCAAACGGUAGCAUUGCGUUUAAUUUUGUAACUCUUCUCUGUUAGUACCGUAGCUCUUUGUUGGCAGAAAUGUCUGGGAAGGCCAAGGAUAUCCUACAAAUGGACCUGUAUGGUUUACUAGGUAUUGAAAGCACUGCUACAACGAAAGAGAUCAAGAAAGCUUAUCGACAGAAAGCCUUGACAUGCCAUCCAGACAAGAACCCAGACAACCCAAAAGCAGCUGAGCUCUUCCACCAGUUGUCCCAGGCUCUCGAGGUGCUAACUGAUGCUGCUGCCAAGGCUGCCUAUGACAAGAUUUGUGCUGCCAAGAAACAAGCAGAAGAAAGAAACAGGAAACUAGAUGAUAAGAGAAAGAAAAUUAAGCUUGACUUGGAGGCCAGAGAGCGACAAGCAGAAGCUCAGAGCCAGGAAGAGGUUCAAAUCACUAGAACACUUGAAGAAGAGAUUGCCCGUUUAAGGGAGGAGGGAUCCAGGCAGCUUGAGGAGGAACAGAGGCUCAUCAGAGAGCAGAUCCAGAGGGAAAGAGAAGCACAGCAGCAGCAAAAAGGACACCACACUCAGAGAAACACAGGAGUGGAGAGAGAUUCCAAGAGCAGUGUGACCCCCAAAUUGAAGUUGAAGUGGAAGUGUAAAAAAGAAGAUGAGACAAAUGGAGGCUACUCUCAAGACAUUCUUUUGAGACUUCUACAAAAGUAUGGGGAUGUUUUGAAUGUGAUUCUAUUGAAUAAGAAGAAAGGAAGUGCUGUGGUUGAGUUUGCAACUGUGAGAGCAGCUGAACUGGCGGUUAAGAAUGAAAGUGGCCUGAGUGGAAACCCCUUGAAGAUUUCGUGGCUUGAAGGACAGCCCGAGGUUAUUGCUCCAGUAUCUCAACCUGGCCAGUUUAUGGCUUCACAGGGCUCCCUGACUAAUGAGCGCGACUACGAGAGCGUGGUGAUGAUGAGGAUGAGGCAGGCUGCUGAGCGACAGAGACUCAUAGAACAAAUGCAAAAAGAGGACGAGGAGGAGGCUGCCAGGUCAUAGCACAGCAGGACCCAGCUUGAACGUAGGAUGACUGAGGGAGAUACAGAGUGGAGAAGAAAUCAGGUCCUGCAGGAUUCAAUGAUAAGCCAUGUGGUCCCAGAGGGUGGAGUCCCAGCACUCUGCAGGAAUGAACCUGUGCUUCUUAAUAUUUUGUGACAGGGUUGUCUUGUAAAUAAACAAUUCACAUGCCUACAAAAUUUAACAUAGUUAGUUUAUUAAGCAUUGUUUAGUCUGUUUACUUGACUAUCUAAUUUAUACAGUAAAAACUGAAGCAGAAACAGAUAUUUCAUCUAAAUUUAUUAGAUAAUAUUUCAUCACCAUCUUAUUAGUUUUUUGACAGUUUGGGUUAUAAUUUGUGGUAAGAAAAUGUAAUGAAUUACAAUGUAUUUUAUUACAAAACUCACUGUAUUACAAAUCCUUAGGAAUCUCAAAAAUACUGUACUAUGGCAGAUACAUCAUCGUAGUGUAUAACAUGGUUAUUUUUACAUCUAGUGCCGUAUUGCUGAGGAGUAAUAAAUUUUAUGGUAAGUUAUUGAAAAACCUUUAGAGAUUUAAGGUUUGUGGUGAGUUUGUAGCCUUUGUUCACUGUGUUGUAAAAGAGCCAGAGGAGAUUGGCUGUGCAACACCACACAUAAUCAAAGUGGUGUAAUGAUGUAAUUUGCAUCUGUCAACCAUUGUCUGGUUAGCUGUGACAACUCAUUACCUCAUUACUGUAGCCAACCGAGCAUAAUGUAAAAUUCAUUCUUUUCUGUUGUCUGUAUCUUUAUUUACUAACUCUGGAAAAUUAGUUGAGUGUUUUAGCAACCCAAACCACAGAAAUCAUUUCUCCCCCAUGUUAACCCAGUAAUCAGGCCUCGAUUGGAACACUAGGUUGGCUAUUAUGGGAAUUCUUGUGGUCCCAUGCGAUGAAAAGUGAACAUACUCUGAAGGCCCUCCAUUAUAGAUCUGGUCGUUUAAAUGAUUGUUCACUGGGCUUUGUAUACAAUAUAUCUAAACCUCUACUCCAGACCAAAGAGGCUUUUGGACUGCACAGUUUCAAGGCUGCACAAUGCUGUUCAUUCAGCUCUGGCCUUGGGUUGUAUGUUAGAUGUGACUUGAAUAUUUGUAUAUGAUCUCUCAGCUGCUGUAUGCAACUCAUGCACAAAAUAAUGUAUAUCAAGGGUUCCCAAUCUGGGGGUCAAGACCCUCCAAGGAUAAAUCUGACAGAUCAUAAGUCUAUGAGGGCGACAAUAAAGGAGGAAAUAUUUGUGUUACACAAAAUGUUUACUUUUUAAACUUGCCUGUAGUUGUUUUUUUUCUUGUGGAAUACUGGAUACUGCCUCAUCAGGCCUCUAAAACUCUUCCAAAUCAAACAAUCCAAAAAGGAUAAAGUCAUCCUUUGGUUGAAUUGGUCAUAAUUGAUGACCAGACUAAGACCAUAACCUGUGGUCUCAUGUAUGUUCGUUCAAUACGAAGCUGGAGCCAGGAGAUGGUUAGCUUAGCUUAUUUUAGCUUAGCUUAAAGACUGGAAACAAAAAGGUAAAAAAAAAAAACUAAAACAAAAAAAACGGCCUACCAUCAUCUUUAAAGCUCAUUAAUUAGCAAGGUUUAUUUAGUUUGUUGAAUCUGAUCAAAAACUAUAAAAAUGACAAGCUGCGGUUUGACUGCGGGCGGGGUGCCAAAGUAUUUCUUGGCAGGGAGGAGAUGACUUUCUGGAGUCUUGUUGUCACCAUCACUAUACCAGGCAACUAGGAAAGUGAUCCAGGAAGUCGUUGCUCCCAGCCAAGAAAUACUCUGGCACAUAGCUUCCCCAUACAUCUGGCAUCUGGCUGCAGCUUAAAUUUAAUGGACAGACAUGAAAGUAGUAUCGAUCUUCUCAUCUAACUCUCAGCAAGAAAGCAAAUUGCUUUUUUUUUAAAUGCAAAAGCAAAGAACUAUUACUUUAAUCACCAACUGAAAAGCUUUGAUUUAAGGAGUCCUGAAAGAAUUUCUGAAUGAGUUAUACGUUGUGAUUAAACUACACUAAGCAAUACAAGAACAUAAACUUUUCCUUAAUGCAUCAUAUUGCAGCAAUGGGUGUGCUUGUUUUGGGGCAACCUACCCAUUUCAG